AUGUCUGAACAGGUGGUCAGCGGUUCCGUAUUCUGCGUGAGCGCCAGCGGACAGAUAGAGAGCGCACAGUUCAUGGGCUUUGAUAACAUAUACUGCAAGUAUUGUUAUAAAUAUGGCAACGAUUGGUCGGUGGCCUCCGGUCUCGAAGACGGUGUCUCACAGAUCACCAGAAUUAGUGACGACAAUCAACUCUUCGUCUGGAACUUCCCGCUCGACAUCGCUUUCAAGUCAAGCAAUCCGUUUGGUUGGCCUCAAUUGGUUUUGAGUGUCUAUGGGUUUGACUUUUUCGGCAACGAUGUGGUGCGCGGCUACGGCUCAGUACACAUACCCCCAGUGCCGGGCACUCACCGCAAACGGGUGCCAAUGUUUGCGCCCCAAUCGUCAUCGUUGGUCCACCGGUGGACGAGUUGGUUCAGCGGCCGUAAGCCCGAGUUCAUCGACCCGAAAGUGGUCGCCCAAUCCGAGGGCCGCGAAGUAAUCCGAGUCUCGUCCAACGGAUACGUCACUGUCGUGUUCAAUGUCGUGCUCAAAGAUUUUCAUAAAUACGGGUUUACUGUCCAGUGAACGCAUAAUAGCCCGCAUUGUAUUGAUAUGUUUAACAUUAAUGAUAAUUUUUACCGAC